AUGAAACGGUUGUUCCUCUGCAAACGUAGUUCAUGGGAAUGGGGCAAAAAGCUUGUGAUGGACGAACCGGUAGUAAUCCAGCUUAGUCGUCCGGAGGUGUACGUGAACCAUAUAUCGUUUGGUGGAAGGGAUGCAGUGGCAGCCACGUUGAGCAACGACUUCAUUCAUCUCGUCGACUUAGAAGCAAGAAAGUCAAAGCAAACGCUGGAUGUUGCUAAGAGAGUCGUGGGAAUCCACUUCGAUUUGAGUGGAAGUCCUGUUCUUCGAGCAGUUGACGAUUCAUUUGGUAUCCACUUGUUCGACAUCAGGGCAGGUUCUAAGAAAAAAUCGAGGGUCAAUCCGUUGAUGGAGAACCAUCAAGUUGUUUGUUCGGCUUGUUCCGACCAGUACAUUGCCUUGGGUAGCUCAACUUUCCUAUUAGAAGAUGAAAACAAGAAAAAGUCUAAGGUUGACCCGAGCUUGAAUCCUCAUGUUAUCUCCUUUUUUGAUCUCAGGAAGUGUACCGAUCCUGUGUUGACCAUCAAGGAAUCUCACUCUGACUCCAUCAACUCGUUGGCGUUCAUGAGAGACGGGCAACACCUCAUAUCAGGCGGUUCGGACGGUUUGCUCAACAUUUUCAACACCUCAUGUUCAAAAGAGGAUCAAGCUCUGCAAAGUACCUGCUCGGUCGGUUCAUCUAUAAAUCGUGUUGGAAGUCUAUCAAAACGUCUUAUUUAUGCAUGUACUGACGACAAUAAGUGUUCUGUCUUCGUUCCUAAUACUCCUGAUGACGUGGACUACUUAUUUAUGCGAAACGGGACUGAAGGACGGUUCCUAGUGGACGCACUAAAGGGUGGUGUAGACGAGCGCCCUGUCGCGCUCAUCGAGUGUGACCCGGAAGGCACUCUCUAUGUCCGUACAGUUUCAAAAGAUGGAAAGCACUCCGAAGUUGUUAUGGAGUGGAAGGGUCAUACGGACAUUGUGCGAAGUGCUGCCUUCAACAAUCGUGUGCUAGUUACGGUUUCAAAAGAUGGAAAGCACUCCGAAGUUGUUAUGGAGUGGAAGGGUCAUACGGACAUUGUGCGAAGUGCUGCCUUCAACAAUCGUGUGCUAGUUACAGGAGGAGAGGAUGGAAAGAUAGUUGUGAAGACGGUUGACUUGAGACCUGAAGGAGGUAAAGUUGAGAAGAAAAAGGAAGCCAAAGAAGAUAUGAAGAAUAUUUCUGAUAAAGUCAAAGACAAAAAGGAGAAGAAAAAGAAUAGAAAAAGCGGGAAUCCUUACUAA